AAUAGAAAUUAAGAUACAACACUCAAAUCCCUUCCGUUCCUUUCCUCAAAACAACACAAACUUGCUAGAGAAAGAAAUGGCCAAGAGCAAGGUACUUGUCGUCGGGGGAACUGGGUAUAUUGGUCGGAGGAUAGUGAAGGCGAGUUUAGCUCAGGGGCACGAGACCUAUGUCCUCCAGCGGCCAGAGAUAGGGCUUGACAUCGAGAAGCUGCAGAUGCUGCUGUCAUUCAAAAAGGAAGGGGCUCUACUGGUUGAAGGCUCCUUCAACCAUCACAAGAGCUUGGUGGAGGCAGUCCGAAAGGUGGAUGUGGUCAUCUGCACCAUGUCGGGAGUGCAUUUUCGAAGCCACAACAUCCUCUUGCAGCUCAAGCUAGUGGAUGCGAUUAAAGAAGCAGGAAAUGUAAAGAAAUGGGAGAAGCUAACGGGGAAGGAACUGGAGAAGAUCAGCAUUUCUGACACAGACUUUCUGGCUUCCAUGGAAGGUUUGGCCCUUGCAGAGCAGGUGGGGGUAGGGCAUUUCUAUCACUUCUUUUAUGAAGGUUGCUUGACGAAUUUUGAAAUAGGAGAAGGAGCUGAAGAAGCGUCUAAGCUCUAUCCGGAGGUGCAGUACACCCGCAUGGAAGAUUUCUUGAAACUUUAUGCAUAACCACUUGGAUAUAAUCAAGCUUCUCCAUUUCAGCUCUUGUUUGCCUUUGGUUGUAUUAUGCUGAUUUACAUGUGUUUGUGCUCUCUGGUUGAGCGCAUACCACUUCAAUAAAUAAAAUUAUAUAUCUAUUUGUAUUUGUGUGUGUGUGGUAGUGGUGUAAUGGUUGGGUGAAGUCAAAAUCUUACAUCGAAAGUAAAUCAAGGAAUAACCUUGCA